AUUUCUUUCUGCAAAUCGCCGAAUCAAGUUGGUUCUUGUCCUCCGCAGCCGCAGCCGCAGCCGCAGCCGCUGCCGCACUGAUCUGCAAAUCACCGAUUCGGGCGUCGAAGAUUCAGAUCGCGAAUCGGUCAGGAACUUGGUGGAUAUUGUUCUGGAAUUUGAAAGUUUGGAUUUUGAGUUGGUAGAUCGUGUGCUUCGUUGAAUCAAGGAGGGAUUUGUCUGAAAGAUCAAAUUUUUAGGGUUUUGGGUUCCGAAUUUGGACGAAAAAUCCGAGUUUCUUUUUUCGCUGUUGCUUAUUUGAUGUCUUCUUCCAUGGCGACGCCAUCUUCUUACUGGUGCUACCGCUGUAGUCGUCUGGUCCUGUUGCAGCCGCAGGAUGCCAUCGUCUGCCCCAACUGCGACGGCGGUUUCCUCGAGCAGAUCGACUCGCCGCCUAACCGAUUUCACUCUCGCGCAGAAAGCCGACAACGCCGCCGCCGCCGCCACGCCACUGCAUCAUCGCCUGAUUCUCACGAAGGCGGCGACGUUGGAGCCCUCGAGGCCGAUCGCUCUCAUGAGCCUUCAGAUCUCCGCCGCCACCGCCAUCGCCACCGAAGAACCUCCGCCAGCGGCCGUUCGCCCUUUAAUCCGGUGAUCCUCCUCCGCAACCCGUCUCGCGGCGGCACCAGCUUCGAGCUGUACCACGACGACGGCACCGGGUCCGGUCUCCGUCCGUUGCCGGAAACUAUUUCGGACCGCCUGAUGCGCUCCGGCUUCGACCGUCUGCUCGACCAUAUCGGACAGAUCGACCUCGCCGGACUCGGCCUUGCGAGGGGAUGCGACAAUCCCCCGGCAUCGAAGGCCGCCAUUGAGUCGAUGCCCACCGUGGAUAUCGUCGCCGAACACCUCGCCAACGAGUGUCAUUGUGCCAUCUGCAUGGAUCCCUUCGAGCUCGAGACGAAGGCCCGGGAGAUGCCCUGCAAACACAUCUACCAUCAAGAUUGCAUCUUGCCAUGGCUAUCACUCCACAACUCCUGCCCUGUCUGUCGCCAUGAGAUGCAAGCGGCAAAAGACGAUGAGCCGGCAGCCACCGCCGAGAGCGAGGAGGAGGAGACGGUGGGGCUGACGAUAUGGAGGCUACCCGGCGGCGGGUUCGCCGUGGGGAGGUUCUCAGGGGGGAGGCGAGCCGCAGAGCAGCAGCUUCCCGCAGCAUCCUCAGAGAUGGACGGGGCAUUCAACAACAGGGGAGCAUCCAUGAGCGAACCACGGCCUGCAACGCCGCAGAGAGGCAGAAGAAUUCGCCGGGCAGUUUACACUUUCUUCUCAUACUUUGGGCUCUCAUGCAAUUAAUUGAUUGCAGUGUUUUUUAGUGUCACGUUAGUUUAAAAAUUUUAUAUAUCUUAUUGUUUUCUUUGUUUCUCAUAAUUAUGAGUGUGUCUAGGUUUAGCAGUAAUAGAAUAGAGGUCAUUGUUCA